AGAGAAGGAGGAAGCGAGAGGGUGUCGCGAGUCAGUUGGCGCCGCUUAAGCGUCGUCGCGAAGCUGUAUGCGCCUCACCAUCUGGAGAUCGUCUCCGCAUGAGGUAGGUGUGAGCGAGGGGGGCGGCAUCGCGUGGUGGAGGUGGGGAGAAUGGCUAAGAUCGACGGAUGGUGUGCGCUUGGGACUUCUUUGUUGAGUAGAAGAGGUGUUGGAGGCGCUGAGACGCAAGUCGACGCGCCAUGAAGUUCCAUCGCGUGGUGCUGCCGUCUAGUCUGCCGUGUCCAGGGUAGCCUGCAUGAUUUUGCCUUCCCUCGGCUAUUCCUGCCCAAAACGAACCAACAUCAUCUCCAUCCAGUUCCUCCCCCACAACAUCCACAUCUUCAUCCCUCGCUCACUCGCCAUGCCUGCCUCGCCAUGGCCAAGAAUCGACGCACGCGCACGGGCUGCCUAGGGUGCCGACGCAAGAAGCGCAAAUGCGACGAGGUCCACCCCCGAUGCGGAACAUGCAUGCGUCGCGACGAGCCCUGCCACUGGGGCCUCAAGGUCACCUUUCGGGAGGAGAACGCGCUGGGACUCGACGAGAUGCACCCCAGCAUGCGCAAGGGCCGACUGCGUCGCGCACGUGGCGGCUAUGAGAUCCUGGACGUGACCGGCGAGGUCAUCCGUGACCAUGAGCGCGACGUCGAGCUGAUGAGGGAGGACGACCUACUCAGGGACGGCGACGACGACGAGUCCCCCAUCACACCGCAGCACACCGACAUCGCAGUUGCCAGUCUCAUCCAUCUCAGCCGCGGCGGGCGCUCUGAGCCCGUACCAGGUCCACUGCCACCCUUGGGCGAUGAUGACCUGCUACAGUUCCCUCCGCCCUAUCUACAGGUCUUCACACCAGAGGGCUCACUCGAGGAUGGCGUUUUCAUGCCCGGAUCAGCGUACGCUGAGCUACAUACCACGCUCCGCCAUCACCUGAUCCAGGAGGUCCGGUCCAACGUACCGACACGUGCCGCGACACCUGAAGACCAGCCUCUGCCCGACUCAUCGGAAGAAUCAGCGCGCGCCUCACUCGCGCCCGUCGACACGCCUCUCCUCACGAGCGAGGAAGAGAUUGUGCUGUGGCGGAACUGGAUCGACGAGGUGGCGCCGUGGCUGGACAAGUUCGACAACCUUCGUCACUUUCAGAACAUCAUCCCCUGCAUGGCCUCGUCGCAUCCCCAUCUGCGCUACGCCAUCCUGGCCCUGUCCGCGCGCCAGAUCGAGCUCAAGGAGACUACGCGGGCCACGGGGCAGAGCCUCUCGCUUUACCAGCAGGCUAUCCACCUCCUCCUACCCGAGCUGCCCACGCGAAGCACCGCCGUGAUCGCGUCUUGUGUCAUUCUCUGCGUCUUGGAGAUGGGGUCCUGCUCCCCAAAGGCGUGGCGACGCCACCUCGAUGGAUGCGCGAGUCUCAUGCUUGCCGUGGGCAUACACGGGUUCGUGGGCGGCGUCGAGCAGGCUCUCUUCUGGUGCUUUGCGCGCAUGGACGUCUGCGGCGGCCUCAUCUCCUCCGUCAAGACCCUCAUCCCCAUCACGCACUGGGUACUGCUACCAGGGGGUCCCGAUCUCGAGGCCACCGUCCAGCUGUUCAAGGCCAAGCAGGAAUUUGACGAGUGGGCCAACUACUCGGCCUUCCUCCUGGGCCAGGUGCUCGAUCUCGUGGCGCCCACGCCGUCCGCGCCCCUCGACACACCGUCUCGCACGGAUCCGUCGUUCAGAGACCGAUGGCUACAGCUAUGGAGCUACCUCAUCGAAUGGCACGCCCUCCGCCCCGCGCCGCUGUAUCCCAUCCUCACCAUCCCCUCGGCCCAUCCGUUCCCCAAGAUCCUCUACUCCAACGGGGCCGCCAUCUCGGGCAACCAGCUGCACCACACCGCGUCCAUCCUCAUGCUGCAGGCCCAACCACCCGGUCUGCGUCUCGCCCCGAAACCGCGGAGUAUUCUCUGGCACGCGCGCCAGGUCUGCGCCAUCAGCAUGAGCAAUGACCACCACGGCGCGUGGACCAACUGCGUGCAGCCGCUGUGGAUCGCGGGGCGGUGCAUGAGCAGCCGAGAGGAGCACCGGGCCAUUGUCGAGUGUCUGGAGCGCAUCGAGCGCGAGAGCGGCUGGAAGACGCAGUGGCGCGUCGAUGACCUCAAGGAGUUCUGGGGGGAUCUGGAGUGAGCUGUCUUGCAUGAGGAUCGUCAGAAUAAGAGAGGCGCUACUGCUACCCCGUGGGGGGAGUGGUGCAAGCGCGCCACUGAGAAAAAGUCGGGGGGAUAUGU